GAAUAGACGAAAAAUUUCUGGUUAGAGAAGUCAGUAGGCAAUCUGAGGUAGGGGAACUUGAUAGUAAUGCAGUAGUCUAUGGAUUGUAUCGAAUUCAAGUACCAGAUAUUAAUCGAUUAAUGCUUAUGAAAGAUAGAGCACUUAAUUGUGUAGCACAACAAGUAAUAGAGCAUUUUGAUCAAACAAAAAGGGGGCAUGGACUCACAGAAACUCGCUGGCAAAAAAUUGAUAUAUGGGAGAAAAGAUGCGCAUUCCUGAACGAUACUUGGAAAGCUAUUAACAAUGCUCUUCAAGGACCUCAGGCCAUCUGGCUUAUAGGAGUAGAGGAUAGAAACCAAACAAUAUCGCAAUUUGUUUUAGACGAUGGAAUAAUUAGUGAAAAAAGAAAGCGGGAGUCUCUAGAAUCACUUAAAGUAGUUGACUUAGCAGAACAGCAAUCUUGUGUUGAACAUGGGCAUGGAGGACGUUGGAAUGCACCUGAUUAUUGUGUUCAAGAUGUUUUCGAACGAUUUGGACACCCAACACAUCAUCUUGUUCGAGUAGCAGUAAAUGGAGAAUUACCAAAAGACGAUAUAACCGGAUUUGCAAAGCACUUUGCUUGCCAAAAUGAAGAAAGAUGUGGGAAGGCAAAAGGCUGGACACCUAUUGUACUUCUACGAUAUCUUCUCGAAGCAGGUAUUCUAGAAAGUGUAACUAUAGGAGAAGCAAUUAUUUCACUUACCAAGCAAACAAAGGAUUGUAUUAAAGAGGGAACAUAUGCUAGUAGAGAGAAAUAUCCACUCGGUUUUAUACUUACAUACUAUGAGGGUCAUCAACCUCAAUAUACUUAUUUACGGGCUUCAAUGUUAGCAUAUGCAUAUAUUAAUUUGUUAGAGAUGCUUCAGAGAUUCGAUCCUAAUGAAGUAGUAAGAAUUGCUACAGAUUCUAUAUAUGUACGAAAAGAUGCUUUAUAUAAGAUCAAAAAUAUACCAGCAUUCUUCAAGCAAGUUGAAGUAAAGUCAGAUCCAAAUUUAUGUUCACAUUAUCCUUCUUGUGCAAUGUCAAAAUAUAAUUGCAAAAGGCAUAAACCAUUUAUUUGCAGAUUUUGCUUUGGGGAAUGGUUUUAUAGCGGAGCUAGUGCCAAGACAUAUAGAUCAGACUCCUAUGCUCUUUUACAUCAACCAGAAGAACAAGAAAUACAAGAAAUUCAACCCGAUAUUCCAGAUAGUAUUGCACCAACAAUUCAUGAACCUAUUACAAGAUGUCGAAAUUCAUAUCUUAAUGGAGGAGGAGGAUCCGGUAAAACAACACGAGCAAUUAGAAUAUUUAAAAAUAUAAGUAUGAUUGUCUUUACUCGUACAAAUGCAUUAGCCAAAGAUUUUCGAGAAAAACAAGAGUGGACACCUGAACGCAUGGGAGAGAAGAAAUUUCUACGAGUUGUUAUUUGGGAUGAGAUAAUUUGUUGUGGUGAUGAUGCGCAACCUCUACCAUUCUUCGGAGAAAUACCACAUAAUUGGUUAAAAGAGCAUGCCGAUUAUUAUGAAGAAGUCUUGACUGAUUAUUGGGCCAAAUGUCCUAAAUUACGUGAACUCAAAAAAGAAAUGCGUUGUAAAAAUAAUCAGUCUUCCUCAGAUCAAAUUUUAUUAGCACAUCGACUUUCUCAAAGACUUGCAUCACAAAUAUGUCUCAAGCUUCAUUGUACAAAAUAUUCCGAAAUUCUAAUUCUAUUAAUUUAUAGGCCAAAAGAUGGGCGCAAACAAAACUGCCUUGUUCCAAUCUCUAGCUCAUCUGAGAAAAGGAAGCUAGUAAAAAAUGAUAUAAUACACUUACCCUUAAAUACACUUUCUGAUAAAUUCUUACAAGGCAUGUUAGGAAAAGAAAAAGCUAUAGAUUGGGAACUUGGAUAUGCAAUGACCAUUCAUACCAUUGGUCAUAUAGAAUAUUUGGGCCAACUUAUUCGAAUUGAAGGUCCCCCAUUACCUCCUGAGAUUAAAGAUACAAAAAAUAAGAAAGCAAUUGAACGAUCUUUAAGACUAUUUAUUUCUGGAAAACUCGUAGAAUAUAUGAAUCAAGAUAAGAAAAAAGAUCGUGAAUUUAACUUAUCUGUUGAUUAUAUCCUUGUAUUAAAAGAUUCGCAGAAAAAUAAAUGUAAAUUAUGUCUCAAUGAAUUGUUAUGGGAUUGA